AUGGGCAUAGAAGCCCCCACACUCAUAGACGCCACGCAGCAGAAGCAGCAGCAGCAGCAGCAGCAGCGACAGCAGCAGCAGCAGCAGCAGCAGCAGCAGCAGCAGCAGCAAGAAGAGCGUGGAUCUGUGUUAUUAUCUUCUGGUGGUGUAUCAUCUCCUUUAAUAGAUUUAAUAGAGCUUCCUGGUGGUUGUUUAUGCUGCUCUGUACGCAGCGAGUUGCUGCUGGCGCUGCAGCAGCUGCUGCAGCAGCUCAAUGGGUGUAUAGAUGCUAUAUGUAUAGAAACAAACGGCGCAGCAGACCCCCAGCCUAUAUGUGAAGCUUUGUGGGCCGAUGAAGAUAUACAGGGACAGGUUAAGCUCGAUGCUGUUGUCUGUUUAGUUGAUGCUGCAAGACCCCAUACAGCACUAGCAACACCCCCUGCUGCUGCUCCUGCUGCUGCUGCUGCUGCUGCUGCUGCUGAGGGUGCUGCUGAAGUAGGAGCAGCAGAAGAAGCGGUGGUUGCAGCAGAAACAGGAACUGCAGCAGGAGCAACAGGAGCAGACACAGCAGCAGCAGCAGCAGCAACAGCAGCAGCAGCAGCAGAACCAGCAGCAGCAGCAGCAGCAGCAGCAGCAGCAGCAAGAGAAGGUUUAUCUCUUGAGACACACGGAGGUCUUGGUCUCGUUGCCCUGAAGCAGAUUGCAUGCGCAGAUUGUUUGCUGCUGACGAAGACAGACAUCUGCUGCCAGCAGCAGCUGCAGCAGCUGCAGCAGCAACUCUCUCGCCUCAAUCCUGCUGCUGCGCUGCACUGCUGCAGCAACGGCAAUGUACCCCUCUCAGCAGUUCUCGGCCUCAGAGCCUAUGACAGCAGCAGCAGCUGCAGCAGCAGCAGCAGCAGCAGCAGCAGCAGCAACGGGUGCAGCAGCAGUGGCAGCAAUUGGUUGAGGGGUGCUUUAACACCGGAGGCUGCUGCAGCCUCAGCAGCAGCAGAGUGCCUCCAUCAGCAGCAACAGCAGCAGCAGCAACAGCAGCAGCAGCAGCAGCAGCAUGCAUGCGCAGCUAAAGGGUCUUCCUGCUGCAGCAGCAGCAGCAGCUUGGGGGGUUUAUGUAGUGUUAGGGUUUCGUUUCCUUUAGGAGGUAAAAACAAAGAAAAACCAACAUUGUUUUCGCUGCAGCUCUUGGAGAGAGCAAUAGGAGAGCUGCUGUGGGGCGAAGCAGCAGCAGCAGCAGCAGCAGCAGCAGCAGCAACAGCAGCAGCAGCAGCAGCAGCAGAAACGAAAGAAAUAAAAACAACACACCCAAGUGCUAUCUUCCGCUGCAAAGGGCUCUUCUAUGCAUGGACAGACAACACAGACAAAGACGCAGCAAACACAGGUGAGCAGCAGCAGCAGCAGCAGCAGCAGCACCAGCAGCAGCAGUAG